AUCGCGACGCCGCAACCUUCUUUGGCCAUUCACGUGUCGUUCUUCUUUGUGAUCCUCUUCCUUGUCGAAUUGUAAGGACGCAAGCAUAACCAGUGUUAUUACCCGCCGAGCUCUCAGCAGUAAUUCUGCAUAGUCGCGCGCAUCUGCCCAUCCCACCAUCUAAACGCGUCUCGAGGUUCGGGACAUCACCGCGAAGGCAUGAGCACCGCAGCACCGCAGACAACCAACAUGGUUUCGCCGCACAGCCCCUCCAAGGCGCCCUCGCGAUACGUGCUGAGCGACAUGACCCCAACCGUUGCCAAUGCUCCAUCUGAAAGCACUCGAACUCCCAGCCCAUUGAAGCGAGUGACUUCUCACGUACCUUCGGUAUUUGCAGAGAAGGAAAAUCUCGCGACAUCCGACGCGUGUCCCAAAGGAAGAAAGCGGAGCAUUGAUGAGGUGGACGACGUGGAGAGCACGCAGAGCGCAAAGACGCUCGCAAGAGGACGCGAUGCCAUUCUGGCUAAUACCGGGAUGCCGUUGACCGCGGCUGCCAUGCAGCAACAUACAGAAAACAACCCAAUCGGCCUGCUAAAUCCCGGAUCACCCACAGAACGCGAUCCCUCGCCCGAGCCCGAACCCAUACAAGCCUCGCAAAUGAGCAACAACUCAUUUUCCAACUUAUUCGACUAUAGUGGCAUAACCCUCAGCCAAAAGAGCGAAGAUGAAUCCGCCACCGAACCCCCGCCAACCUCAGCGCCCAUUGUGGGCGGAAAGAAGUCGCGUGCCGAACUUCUACGCACGCGCCUCCAGCUCGGCAUAUACAAGGUCAAAACAAACCAAGUCAGCAAGCGCGGCGCCGACAUCAUCUCGAUAUGGGAAUCGCAUUCGUCAAUUGUGUCAGACUCGAUAGCCAUGAUCUCCUCUGCCGAAUCGAACGACUUAUAUGACGUCCCAAAUAUCACCGUAUCUUCACCACAACGCAACCAACAACCUCGUUUCGUUCAAGCAAAUCUAGAUCCUUUCCAGCCAAUAGGGAAACUCGGUCUCCCACCUAUUCACUUCGCAGUACCAAAUAUAGGGACGCACGUCUCGUCACGCAUGAUACACGAUUAUUCAUCGCAACCGCAAGACGAGCUUCCCCAGUCCGUAUCCCCUCAGCAACUCAUGUCGCCAGUAAGGAAACGGAUACCGAGCGAAGAAGAGACGGCGCACCAACGGCUACAGAUGUUGAAGGGGCAGGCAUAUCGGGGUGAGCUGGCGAGUUCGGCGGUCAAAGGGGACGCUGCGACUGGCUUGCUUGAACUCAAGACGGGGAGAAGAUGACAGGGAGAAGCGUGUAGGAUACCCAAUGCAAUUUUUUUGAUAUCAUCAGUACGGACUCUUCAGUACGGU